CGGAAAUCGUAGCUGCAAGAAAAUCUAGCGGCUCGUUGCCGAUGCCACCUGGCAGCCAAGUUCACAAAGCUGUCAACAAGUCAUGUGGAAGUGACAUAUUUCUUGUGAUUUUGAUUUGAGAUUUUAGGGAUCGUCUUCCUAGAUUAUAAAAAAUGCCUGUUUGUGGCCCUAAAUUAUCCCUUUGUGGCCUUAUCAUUAGCACCUGGGGUAUCAUCCAAUUGGCUUUGAUGGGUAUCUUUUACUACAUUGGUGCAGUUGCUCUAGCAGAAGAUAUUCCUGAAGUAGAAUUCCAUGGAAAUCUUGACCAAUUUUACACAAGUGUUGAUAAAGGUUUCCAGCAGAAUGCUUACAACUGUUGGAUUGCAGCUCUUUUAUAUCUGAUUACGCUCGCAGUAUCGGCACAUCAGUUUUGGGCUAACAAUCGUUCUUCUCUAAGUGUUUAAGUAUUCUUUUUGAUGGAUUACCUGUAUAU